GGUUUGGCCUUUGUACUUUGAACCGUUCCGGAUGAAAUAAAAGGCAGUCUUUCUAAACUCAAAAACACUGCGUUCUUUGUGCCUUUGUCAAAUCUUCCUACUUCUUCAGAUUGAUUCGCUUAUCAAAAAACUUUUUUUUUUAAUGAAUAAAACUUUCUAGUUUCAACAGCUACAAACGUUGUCUGGAAGCAGAGAAGGGGAAAACCUGUUCCGCUCUCUUCUAUCGAGAAAAGAGGAAACCGAGAUCCUAAGCUUAUUAUUUAAUGGAUACUGGAGGGAAUUCAUUACCUUCGGGAGCUGAUGGAGUGAAGAGGAAGGUGUCCUAUUUCUAUGACCCGGAGGUAGGUAAUUACUAUUACGGGCAAGGUCACCCUAUGAAGCCUCACAGAAUUCGAAUGACUCAUGCCCUUCUAGCACACUAUGGGCUGCUUCAGCAUAUGCAAGUGCACAAGCCCUUCCCUGCCAGAGAUAGGGAUCUUUGCCGCUUCCAUGCUGAUGACUAUGUGAACUUUCUCCGCAGCAUAACCCCUGAAACGCAGCAAGAUCAGCUCAGGCAGCUCAAGCGCUUUAAUGUUGGUGAAGAUUGUCCUGUCUUUGACGGCCUUUACUCCUUCUGUCAAACAUAUGCUGGUGGCUCUGUAGGCGGUGCUGUCAAAUUAAAUCAUGGUCUUGACAUUGCCAUUAAUUGGGCUGGUGGCCUGCAUCAUGCAAAGAAGUGUGAGGCUUCAGGGUUUUGCUAUGUCAAUGAUAUUGUCCUUGCAAUAUUGGAACUUCUUAAGCAGCAUCAGCGUGUUCUAUACGUUGAUAUUGAUAUCCACCAUGGAGAUGGUGUGGAGGAGGCAUUUUAUACUACUGAUAGGGUCAUGACUGUUUCAUUUCAUAAAUUUGGAGAUUAUUUUCCGGGUACAGGGGAUAUACGUGAUAUUGGAUAUGCAAAGGGGAAAUACUAUUCCCUCAAUGUUCCUUUGGAUGAUGGGAUCGAUGAUGAGAGUUACCAUUACUUGUUUAAGCCAAUUAUUGGUAAAGUUAUGGAAGUUUUUAAGCCUGGUGCAGUGGUCCUUCAGUGUGGUGCUGACUCCCUAUCUGGAGAUAGGUUGGGAUGUUUCAAUCUUUCAAUCAAGGGCCAUGCAGAGUGUGUUAAAUUUAUGAGAUCAUUCAAUGUUCCAUUGUUGCUACUAGGUGGUGGUGGUUAUACCAUUCGGAAUGUUGCUCGCUGUUGGUGCUAUGAGACAGGAGUUGCACUUGGAAUGGAGGUUGAUGACAAGAUGCCUCAACAUGAGUAUUAUGAAUAUUUUGGUCCAGAUUAUACUCUUCAUGUUGCCCCUAGUAACAUGGAAAACAAGAACUCACGCCAGUUACUUGAAGACAUACGUAAUAAGCUACUUGAGAACCUCUCAAAACUUCAACAUGCACCAAGUGUCCAAUUUCAAGAAAGACCACCUGACACUGAGCUUCCUGAGGCUGAUGAAGAUCGGGAUGAUGGAGAUGAGAGAUGGGACCCAGAUUCAGACAUGGAGGUUGACGAGGAGCGUAAGCCUAUCCCAAGCAGGGUAAAGAGAGAAUCAGUUGAACCUGAGACAAAAGAUUUGGAGGCCCAAAAAGGAACUGCUGAGCAAGCCAGAGGAUUUGACACUGUGACGGAUGAAACUGCUGUAGAUGUCAGUCCGAUGCCUAUUGAUGAACCUACUGUGAAAGUUGAGCAAGAAACAUUAAACAAAGCAUCGGAUCAGAUGUACCCAAAGCCCUAAGCAAAAUCCUCCCAAUUAGAUUCUGGAUGUAUUUUCUGCGUCUGCAAUUCGUCAGACAUUAUAGACUCCUAUGUUUAUCAAUCAAUCUAAAUUUGUACAAGUAAUGAAAACCUAAUACUAUGAUUUUGCUUUAUAUCGUAUCAAGAGUUUAAAGUUUUAAUAUGUCAAACUUCAAAGUUCGAACUUGAAGGUCAAAACAGUUUUAAGAUUAGUAGCAGCACAUAAAUAUAGGCAGUGGAUUUUAUUAGCAUUCUUAUUUAUAGAACAAUCGUAGUGAAUUGAUUCAUUGUUGACAAUUAUGGUGAGUGCUUCAUCGUUUUCCUUGUUACCAAUACAUUGUUAUCGUUUAUAUAG